GAAACUCUCUCCAUACACUCUCCAAAUCUUAAUUCGGUACGACGCCAGGCAGCUGCGAGCUUUCUCUCUCUACUCCUCCAUCUAGCUUCUCUGUGCGCUCCAGUUCUAGACGGCGUCAUGAUGCCUUCAAAUCCAACAUCUUCUGCGGAGGCGGCUGCUGAUAUUGAAGAGGAUAUCAGGGCGCUUCAGCUUGAUUCAUCUGAUACUCAUAUGACUAUUGCUGAUGACGGCAAACCUGAUGAAGAUGAAAAUCCAGUUGAAAUUAACAAACCAGUUGAAAAGGAGCCACAAGCAAACUCAAGACCAAUCCAUAUAGACCCCAAAGGCUCUAUAGAAGAAAAAGAAAAGAAAACAUCAGCUCAAGAUGAUGAAGCAGAAAUCCCCAAAAAGCGUCAUCUGAAUGUCGUAUUCAUAGGGCAUGUUGAUGCCGGCAAAUCAACCAUUGGAGGACAGAUAUUGUUCCUUAGUGGACAAGUAGAUGACCGUACAAUCCAGAAGUAUGAGAAGGAAGCAAAGGAUAAAAGUAGAGAGAGCUGGUAUAUGGCAUAUAUUAUGGACACAAAUGAAGAAGAGAGGGAUAAGGGGAUUACUGUUGAAGUUGGAAGAGCGCACUUUCAAACAGAAACUACAAGAUUUACUAUUUUGGAUGCUCCGGGGCACAAGAGUUAUGUACCCAAUAUGAUUAGUGGAGCUUCUCAAGCUGAUAUAGGUGUGCUGGUGAUAUCGGCUAGGAAGGGUGAGUUUGAAACUGGAUAUGAAAGAGGUGGACAAACACGCGAGCAUGUUCUACUUGCAAAGACCCUUGGGGUCACAAAGCUCAUCAUUGCUGUGAAUAAAAUGGAUGAACCUACCGUCAACUGGUCAAAAGAAAGGUAUGAUGAAAUCGAGGGGAAAAUGACACCAUUUCUGAAAUCAUCUGGAUAUAAUGUGAAGAAAGACGUUCGAUUUCUUCCCAUAUCUGGGCUUUUGGGUUCAAAUCUGAAAACUCAACUGGCUAAAAGUGUUUGUCCGUGGUGGAAUGGCCCAUGUCUAUUCGAAGCUCUUGAUGCUGUUGAAGUCCCGUACCGUGAUCCUAAUGGUCCUUUCAGAAUGCCAUUAAUUGAUAAAUUUAAAGAUAUGGGAACAGUAGUUAUGGGUAAAGUUGAAAAUGGCAGCGUGCGUGAAGGUGACAGUCUGUUGGUGAUGCCCAAUAAGGCUCAUGUUAAAGUUCUUGCCUUAUUCAUUGAUGAAGAUAAAGUGCGACAAGCGGGGCCUGGAGAGAACUUACGAGUUAGAGUAUCUGGGAUUGAGGAAGAGGAUAUCCUAUCAGGCUUUGUUUUGUGCAGUGUUGUUAAGCCAGUCCCUGCUGUUACUGAGUUUAUUGCGCAGCUGUCAAUCCUGGAGUUAUUGGAUAAUGCAAUUUUUACUGCUGGUUACAAGGCUGUGUUGCAUAUUCACUCGGUUGUUGAGGAGUGUGAAAUUGUAGAUUUGAUGCAAGAAAUUGAUCCAAAAACAAAGAAGCCCAAGAAAAAGAAACCACUCUUUGUUAAGAACGGUGCUUUUGUUGUGUGUCGCAUUCAGGUGAAUAAUAUGAUUUGCAUUGAGAAAUUCUCUGAUUUCCAACAGCUUGGAAGAUUCACUCUUCGAACAGAGGGGAAAACUGUUGCUAUGGGCAAAGUCACUGCUCUUCCCACCGUAGGCGAAAGUGCAUAAACAUUCUCGUGGUCUCAUUCACGUGUCGUCGUAAUAAUGGUUCACAUUGCAGACGUGACAGAGUUACAAAACACAACCAUAAUCACACACACGAGUUUGUGUCCUGUGAUUGUCCAUGUUUUGAUUUGAGGAUAGAGGUAUUUUUGGAGCAUGCUGAUGUCGACCCCAAGUAGGAUUGUGUGGGGUGGUUUUUAGUUGCCUUGUUGCUUAACAUACACAAGUGCUGACCAGAGAUUAAUUAUCUCAUUAACUAUUUUUUUUUAAUUUUUCCAUUCACAUUCCAGUGAUCUUAAAUUGUCAUGCCACUCGUACAAUGUCGGAAACUUGUCUGGUACACUUUGGAGUGAUGCUCGACUUUUCUUUUAGAUGAUGCAUGGGUGUUAUUCAAUAGGAUAUCAAAUGAACGUUUUAGUUGAAU